AUGGAAGACCCUCCUCUUUCGCCGAUUCCAGUGGAAAACCCCGCAGCAAAUACGUUCUCUUUCCUGCACGUUUCUGUGAUUAAACCUGAUGAGUUAGAAAAUGUCGAGAAAGUCGAGAGUCGAAAAGAGGAGAAAGAAAGUCAAAACAAAAUCGAGAAAUGUGAAGAGAUAAAUCGGAACGAACGAGGAGAAGUGAAAGAAGAGAUGGAGGUGAAAAAAAUGAAAGAUUUGAAAAAUGAAAAGUUGACGGAAGAGAGCAAAGAAAAUCGUUUAAUUCUUCCAUUAGAAGACAAAAAGAGUAAAUUGAAUCGACUUGCGGAAGAUAUAGACGCGAGUACAUUAAGGGGAAUGGUUGGUGUUGAACGGGGGAAAAUGAAAGUGUAUGACAAAAGAACGUUUUAUCGCUUGGCAGAGGUCUAUAAAGCGGAAGGAACUAAAUGUACUAAUGUAGUCUUAGACCAAAACGACUUGAUAGAUUACUCAGAGAAGAAUCCGAAUGAUUGCCAAAUCAAACAAGAAGGGGGGACGUACUAUGUUGAGUUUGUUAAAGUGAAUAUUCCUCAAACUAUUCAAACACUGGGGGAAAAGGUCUUCUCAAAUUGUACGACAAUCACUUCAAUCAACUUGCCGAGUAGUUUGACGGAACUUGGGAAACGAUGUUUUGAACAUUGCGUUGGUCUGAAUGCUAUAACCCUCCCCGAUAACAUUAAAGUCAUUGGGAAGAGAGUCUUCUCGCAGUGUACUAACUUAUCUAGUGUUAAACUCCCACCACUCAAAGUGAUACCAAAUGGAACGUUUUACGAUUGUGGGUUUGAGGAGUUUGUGAUACCAAGUACAGUCACUGAAAUCGGUAAAGAAGCAUUUGCAGAGUGUUUCAAGUUGAGUAAAAUCACACUCCCAUCAAGUGUGCAGAAAAUAGGGGAGUUGGCCUUCUUUAAUUGUACGUGUCUUGACAACAUCAUCUUGAACGGAGCAAUCAAAGAGUUCGGCAACGCUUGUUUUGCAAAUUGUGUCAAGCCGGAGCACCCUCUCGAAAACGUUCCAGACAAAGUAUGGACAAAGGGAUUGUAA